AUGCUUACCGUUGUGGAUGCAGCGCAGAACACGUAUCCAGUGGAUGCAGACGUGUCGCUUGAAAUUGAAAACUUGAAGGCGAUUCUUGAAGCGGAUGUCGGAGUGCCAGCAGAGCACCAAGUUCUCCAGUUCCAGUCCAAGGUCUUGGCAGACGACAAGCAGUCUCUGGCCUCGUACGGUGUCCAGGAUGGCGAUCUGCUGACUUUAUCGGACAAGCGCAAGAGUUCCGCACCUUCUACGAGCGCCAACCCGGACUUGGCUAUGGCCGAGACUGUGCGCAACCAAAUCUUGAGCUCGACUCAGGUGCAAGAGAGUCUUCGCAACCAAUUCACGCGCACACUGGCUUUGCAACGCGAGCAAAUUGCGCAGAUGCAAUCUUUGCAGCAACUUCAAAAUUCGGAUCCUUUUGACGUGGAAGCGCAGAAGCGAAUCGAAGAGGCUAUUCGCCAGGAGCGUGUCGCCGAAAACAUGGAACACGCUAUGGAAUACAUUCCGGAGAGCUUCGGCAACGUUACCAUGCUCUACGUGAACCUCAAGGUGAACGGCCACCCUGUAAAGGCCUUUGUCGACAGUGGCGCUCAGACGACGAUUAUCAGCCCGGAUUGCGCUGAACAGUGUGGUAUCAUGCGCCUUUUGGACUCUCGCUUCUCGGGUGUUGCCAAGGGUGUGGGUACUGCCAAAAUUCUGGGUCGCAUUCACAGCACCCAGAUCCAGCUGGGCGAGGAUCAGUUUCUUCCCUGCUCGUUUACGGUGUUGGAGGGACGUGACGUCGACAUGCUUUUUGGACUGGACAUGCUCAAGCGGUACCAGGCCAACAUCGAUCUUAUGAAAAAUGCCUUGGUGAUCAAUGGUCGCGAAAUCCCUUUCCUUGCCGAACAUGAGCUUCCUAAGAAUGCGUUUACCAACCCAGACGCUCCAAUUCGCCAAGGCUGA